AUGGUUCACGAAAGAAUUCACACUGGGAAAAAGCCUCAUGAAUGUAAAACCUGUGGUAAGUGUUUUAGCAUAGCAAAAGACCUAAGAGUCCAUGAGAGAGUUCACACUGGAGAGAAGCCUUAUGAAUGUCAAGAGUGUGCUAAGUGUUUUAGCACCUCAGUAGGUCUUAGGAGUCAUGAAAAAUUACACACUGGCGAGAGACCUUAUGAAUGUAAACAUUGUGGCAAGUGUUUCAGUCAGUUAAGUUCCCUAAGGGUUCAUAAAAGAGUGCACACGGGAGAGAAGCCAUAUGAGUGUAAACACUGUGGCAAGUGUUAUAGGCGAACAGGACACCUAAGGAUUCAUGAAAGAAUUCACACUGGAGAAAAGCCAUAUGAAUGUAAACAGUGUGGCAAGUGUUUUAGUCAAAAAGGAAAUCUUAGGAAACAUGAAGAACUCCACACGAAAGCAAAGUCUCAUAAUCGUCACAGCAAGGAGUGUCCUUCUAAAAGUUUUCGUUGUAAGCGUAAGCAAGCAGGAAGAGAAAGACUAGAUAUUAGGACAAACAACUCACUGACCCAGAGCGGGACUGGAUGCAGUGGUAUGGUAGUCCCUCAAUCAGCCAUCACUGGGAAACACAGCUGUUGGAUUUGUCAAGAGGAGAUGGAAAGUGAGGAUCUUCUUCAUCGGCACUAUGAAAAUCAUAUGAGAUGUGUACAUGAAGAUGGCUUGUAAUGUCAUGAAACCAUUCGGUUUUUUCACGCCUUCUUUCUUGUAAGUAAUUUUUCAGUUCUUCAGAUAGCUUAACCCAGUGUUUUGGUAGACAUAUCUUACAUCUUUGGACAUCUUAUACCUUACCAUCUUCAGCUUAGUCUUGCUGUGAAUCCAUUAUAACACAUGGAUUACACAUAAACUAAAUUUUGACAGUGACGUCACAAUGGUGACAUCUUUUAAUCUAAUUUCAGCCCUUAUUCAAGUUUUCUUUGGAAAUGCUCUCCCCUACUUGAAGUUUGGGUGCCUUUCCCUGGUGUGCAAAGGUUUAAAAAAUCUGUUUCGAAAUAUUGUGGAAUUUCUACAUUAAGGCUAUUUUUAUGCAUUAAGUAAUACUUGACUUUAUGCAAAUAUAGUUGCUACUUCCUGGAUGUUUCAGGGAAAUUUCAAUUAUUUUAACAAAUUUUCCUUAUACAUUCUACAAGCCAAAGUAAAGGACUAUUUUUGCCCAAGACCUGGUUGUUCAAAUCAGGGUUAAGAUAACCCAGGGUUACUGCCAAAUAUGUAUUCAGAUAUGAAACUUGAAAAGCAAAUUCAGUCAAAUUCGUUUUGUCAACAAUUCGAUGAUCGGAUGCUUUCAAACGUAAAGAGAAAAUUAUUCAAGGAAAUACUUUUAAACGUGGGAGAGAGAAACCCAGGUUAAAAUUAGUAGACAUUGAGUUUCGUUGCAUGGAGAGCACAAUUCUUUGGUAGUCUUGUUACAUUAUUAACUAGUAGAUACUAAUUGCAAGCACAGUCGACUCUCUCUUAACGGACACCUCUUAUAUUACAAACACCUUUGUAAAAUGGAGACCUAGAUUUGGUCCCUGCCUUUCUUUACUCCUUUUCGUUGACUCUCUAUAAGACAACCAUUUCUCUAAGACGGACACGUGGUGUCAGUCCUAAAGGUGUCCGUCUUAAAGAGGGUUGACUGUGUUAUGCUGCGAGCAGAUCCUGGGCAGCAAAACAUUAAAACGAUGAACUGACAUACAGAUUUGGCCCAUUAGAGAUCCUUUUGUUGGGUUAAUUAAUAGUUAUGGGAUAAAGGACAACAAGGAAGCCCUACAGUCACAAGUUUCUCGUGACCUGGGUCGUCAUUGGCCAGUUUACAGUCAUACUAAAAUAGUAAGUAAAUAUGGUUUAUUUAGCUUAAACCGAAUUACAAAAUACUCAUAAAUUGUUUGCGCACGUCAUAUUUUGUGGAACUUAGCGCAAUUAGAAUGGCCUAACAGAGAGCUAUGAUUUCAUGACACCGCUGUAUAUAAUAUCCUAAAAUCAUCCUGACAAACAUAAAUCCAGGCCCUGGUUUUCCAAAUGGUGUACAGUGUUAUUCACUGCAUUAAUCAAUAUCCAGUGGCCACGUGUCGGGGAAACCAAUUUUGUUAUCCACUUGACAAAGAUUUGUCCACUAGAUAGCGCUAUCCCCAUGUUAAGAGGAUAACAGUCGACUCUCUCUUAACGGACCCCACUAUAAUACAAACACCUCUGUCAAGCUCUGUCCCUGGCUUUCUUUACUCCCUUCAUUUGACUUUCUAGAAGACAGCCAUUUCUCUUAGGACGGACUCUUAAGUGCCGGUCCUAUAGGUGUCCUGUCUGUCUUUUAUAGACUGGACCGUAUAACGCCUGAAUAGCCACACAAUACCCAAGAAAGCACAGGAAACCGUAAGAUUAGUGUGCCGUUCGUCUGUGGGCUCGCAGCAUUAAGAAUAAUCCUUAGAAAAUAACAGUUUGAUGCCGGGGCCAGUGCAUUGAUACUCUUGGCUAUAAAAAUUCAAAAACAAUUUUCUUCGCGGUGGAACUUUCAACCUGCUGUGCAGUUGUAUAGGACUUUUUUCUCUAUUUGCAAAUUUAUAAGAAUGCUAAUGAUAAUCGUACAGUGUUUAGUAACAAGAUACGCUACGCAGCCAAACUCGUACAGCCUAUGUAAUGAGGGCCAGAAUGCCGACUGAAAGGCAUCUUUGACAUAAGAUUUUUAAAACGUGAAGAAAUGAUGGCAGUGGCGAGCAACGUCCCAACAACGCCGUCCAAUGACCAAUCAUCGAAACAGAGUCUCGGUGUUAAUCACAACCAACAUGAUCAUCUAAUUUAAUAAUGUCCCUUGUUGUUGGUGGGGGUGGGGUGUGAACCUGCUACCUCUCGAUCAGCAUACCCGUGCGUCUACAAUAAGUCAAAUUGUUAUAUAGCUGGAAAUUUCUUCUCAGCAGCGCGCGGUCUCAUUGCUUACUGCGAGGUCACAUGACAUCUAACAAUGAAACUGUUUCCCGCCAAACUCUCUGAGCGGGCAACAUUGCCUGUGACAUCAGAGGGUAACAAUGCAAUGUUACCUGCGAAUGUUGACCGAUGACCGCCGUGACAGCGAGGUUUAAUGAAUUUCCAGCUUCAAAAUUUCCAGCUAUAUAACAAAUCACUUUAAGACUGGUCCCUCGGUAAACAGUAAAUUUUGUUUCCCGAAAAUCUUAAUGUUUCCAGAGGCGAAGCCGAGGGAAACAUUGAGAUUCGAGGGAAACAAAAUUAACUGUUUCCCUUGUAACCAGUCAUUAAGUAUUUAUUAUUAUCCGAUUUCACAACAAUUUCUGUACGGUGUUUUUGCCACUUCUUAAAUGGUAGCUUUGUUAUAGACUGAUAGGGAGUCUUUAGCCGCUGUAACGUGCUGUAAGAGGUGGGUAUUUUUCUUAGACGAACGAAGUUUGUUUGAAAAUGUGUUUUUUAGAAAACAUAAGAUCACCCUCUCAACUGUCAAAUCUUUCUCUAUUCGUUAAUUGAUUUGUUAGCGUAAGGCUAGUGGACAUAAUAACAUUUUAGUUUUUGUCGCUAUUAUCCAUUCCAGCAGGCAAAAAACUCUCUACUUUUCGUGGAUGUGUUUGACCGCACUAUCCAACAAAAGAAGAGCUGAGUUAAAUAGUAAAAACAGUUGUUUUUGUAGUGUUUUUUUUUUUUGCGAUUCGAGUAUUAAGGAAGCUGACACAAAAUUUAAAACUUUGUAUUGUAAUAAAUUACAGCGUAUAUUCUGGUAUCGUUUAUGCGAUCUUUUCUUUUUUCGUUUCCUCUCCUUUUCUUUUCAUCUUAGUGAAUUAAUACCCCCAGCGGAUAUUUUUAAUACGUCUAAAAGGAAGGACUGCAAGGGUGAAGUUUUGAACUUUUAACUCAAAACCGUCCAGAAAGUUGGAUUUGAGGUGGUAAAUUGUGACACUAAAGUAUUAAAGUCUAGAAUGUUCGAUCCGACACGCGGGUAUUUCAGUGUUUGUACAAGAUCAAACUUCAGCUAGACAGAACGGGGGUUUACCGUUCUCGCCACGGCACGUAACAACUGGAGUUGCUCUUGUAAAAGCAAUUAAGAACAAAGCCAAUUUGGCAAGUGAUGAGGUUCGCCGUUCGCGUGGAGAACAGAAACCAUGGUCUUGCCCUGAUCACAAAGUGGCAAUAACUGAACAGUGGCAAGACUGUUAAGCUUAUUCAAAAUUUAUUUCCAAGUAAUCAUUGCUUAAAGAGCAAUCAAUCAAAAGUCACAAUGCAAGUCUCCGGAUGUAGCCUUAGUUUAAGGUGCAAUCCAUUCUUCGAAGUUUUAAUCUAAAUGACUAUGAUCCAUUAUCGUAGAGAAUUUUGCAUCAUGCAAAAAACAAUAUAAACGAGCUGGGCCCAGCGUGACAAAUCAUUGCAGGAAACCAUUGCAUUCGGGGACAAAAGAAAAUCGCUUUUAGCUAUUCAGAUCCAGGAGGCGCUUUGGAGAAAAUUAAACAACCUAAACCCCUUAUUUAGCCACAAGAAGAGUUUUACGUUUCAAAUGCUAAGCCGUCAAAGAAAAUGCUCUUGAAUCACAGGGCAAAUCUUUCCAACUAGAAUAAACAAUAACUGCAGAAGAUUGCGUGUCUUGGCCUAUCAGUGUGAUAAACCUUUGAUCGACACAUGUCAAUAAUGCCGAGCCAAUCAGGCGCUCCAUUCGCUGGCGAGCAGGAUUUUCAAAAUCGCAUGGCUCUUCUGCAAGCGUAUCUCUUUCCACUCCCCCUCCCCCUUCCCCUCCUCCCUUAGUCAUUUUUGGUCCUCGUUCCAUUUUUCGCGCAGCCAAAACCGAGAACUUUAACCCUAUGGGAUAAACAGACGAGAUCAAAUUUAAUCUUUUGACGUUUAUUUUGUAUAUUACCUCAUCAUAUAAGUUUUCGUCUAUUGUCAGUUCCUCCAUCAAUCACAUUUUAUUUUUAAAUUUGUUUAAUUUUAAAUACUAGAACCGUUUAUUCUAUUGUCUAUUCUCACUUAGCUUCUCUAGUCCCUGAUGAAGACUAGUUUUGUCUAGUCGAAAUAUUGGGCAAAUAAAUUUUAGCCCUUAGCUGUCCGAUCAGCCUUGCCUUCAAUUUUCAAAACCGAAAAUCCCGUUCCUCCGUCUUUCUUAGCGUAUUUAUUUAUCGGAAAUACGUUUGCGGUCGUAGGCUAGGUCUUUCAUUGCUCCGAAGCUUGCUAUGCAGGCUAUCCUAUUGACUGCGUAGCAGGCGUUGAAAUUUAAAGGGUAGGGGAUAGGGAGAAAGGGAAAAAGGGAGGAGGAUUGGGGAGAGAGGGUAAGAGAAGCCCGCUAUAAGUAUUACUAUAAGUACCGCCUUUUGUUCAUUUCUGUGGACGCUGGCGUCCGUAAAUUCCUGAUUAGCUGAGCCGCACUGAAUGAGUAACUUAACCAGAACUAGAUGUUUAGCAAGCAGAGAUGACAGGUUUUGUAUGCUGGAUUUGUCCAAACACCGAGCGGCGAUUCAGAGCGAUUGUGAUUCUUGUCGGACAUCUUCAAUGCCAAAAUUCACAAGACCGCCUUUUCCUCAAAAACAUAUACCGUCUUGAAUGAACUCCUAAAUUGUUUGCAAAGAGAGAGCUGCAGCUUUGGCGAAAACUAUCGGUUGAGCUUUUUGACAAUUGUUUAUAAUUCUCCUUUCAUUAUUCGCGUCUAUCUGGGGCUCAUUUUGUUAGAAUCUUGGAAACAGGCAACACAUCCAUAUCACAAUCCCUAUCACUUACUCUCAGAUUUUUGAGCAGAAGAGAGACUGCUCGCAGUCUAAUCUAAACUUCAAUAUCAUUGAAAGUGGAAACUUAGAAAAUAUCAUAGAAUUGUGCAUUACAGAGAAGACCAAAAGACAAAUCAAAACUGAAAAAUCUCAGCCUGAAAUUGCUUGCAUGUGACAGUAUUCUAUCCAUCUGAUUACUGACAUUGUAAAUCUAAAUGAAUAUGUAAUGAAUAAUAUUAUUCAAGCCUUAACAGUUGUAUCCAUGCUGUAUAGGAUCUUUCAUGUUAGCCUGCAUAGCAUUGCGGUUUUGUCACGAGCAGUACUGAGCGACAAAGCCAUAAAAACGUGCACAAAGUACAUGCAAACAAGUGAGAAAAAUAAAAACUGCCUGCCCGCAUUCGUGGCCUUUUCAACUGUCACCCCCAUCAACUCAUUUCAACGGCAUCCUGUUGACAACUUGUUUGGUUUUAGGUUUCUCAGCCAAUCAGAAAUAAAGUGUUGACAGGCUUUAACACGACUCAAGAGCUGGUGAUAUAAUGUAAAACGUGACCUUGGAGUUUGAUGAACAAACACAGGUUUUUCUUCAAUACUACUAAUCUCCUGGGUAGGUGACUACACUGCAUUCUAAACUUGGCUGAGUAAAUCUUAUUUCUGCUGCACUAAGUUUUACUUUCAUUUUCAGGACGUCGUGAAGCUGGUUUGUUUCAUCCAUAUUGAAUAAUUAGUUCCUGUGGUUGAUGCUCCUGUAGGUGUUUCUGAUAGGAUUUGUCGAUCUCAGAUGCAGUUCUAAAGUAUUCAUUUCUUUGACCACUCUUAAAGCCUAAAGCUUUUUAUUACGGCUAAAUAAACAUUUUAGGUUUUUUGGUUUUCUUUGCCUAGAUCUGAAUAAUUACAAACCAAGGAGCCUUGGUUAUUUCUUUGUCCUUGAAUGUGAUCAUUUCCAUCUUUGUUUUGACGCUGGGCCCAGCUUCAAGUGUUGUUUGCAGGAUGUUGAAUUUUUAUGGAUAGGGCACUCUUCUUGUAGCUUAAACUAAAGCUACACCAAGUAUAGAGAAUUAUGCUGUGCGUCUUUCUUUUUAAUAACUGUGUGCAAUUCAUCGACCACAAUCACCGACACCAUGCAAUGUAGUGCGUUAUUUUAUAACAUUGAGUAACAGAGAUAAUUGAGGUGGACUUUCUCCAAGCAAACUAACUGUUUCUAUGGUAAGCUCCGUUGCUGUACAGCUCAGCGUUAACAUUUCCAAAAUCUGGUCGUCUAUUAUACUUUUUAGAGGUGAAAUUGGGAUCAUACCGAUACAGGUUUUCAAUGAGGACAUUUCUUUUUGGGCCAUAGCAAACACAGUAAAGGUCAUGCUCUUGCCAAAACCAGUUGACAAAAUUGUCAUACUCUCCUAUGAAGAAGACUGUUCAGGCUUGCUGUUCAGGCUUCCAUACAAUUGCCCUGUUUUCCUGUUCAAUAUUCAAGAUUGACAAUGCUCCGGUCAACGCUUCUUUGAUAUUUUGAUUUUGUUUUGUGGAGAAGACUUGUUCAAUCACUUGGAACUCUCCCAUGGGAGAUUACCAAAUAUUUGAUUGACGGGCGAACAUUCUGAUCCAAUCGGAAUGAUCCGUAUGCAGGCAUACAGACUACUCAAAAAGGCCACCCGUCCGUGCAGGCGGUGUCUCGUUGUUCCUGCCCUAAUCUCCUUGCAGUUUCUCUGUUCUCACCCGCCUUUAUUACUUUGCAUGCCCAACCAAAACCACCAUGCUAAGCAGGCUACUGUCAGGUGAAAAGCGAUGUAACAUGCUUGGAAACAUAUAAAAAUAUAAAAUCCAUGUACUGGAGUGAAACCCGAAUAAACUUAAUUUACUUGGAAUUCUAGACUGACUUUGCUAACACUUGUAUCUUACCGAAGACUCAUCCCGCACUAAGCUGAGAUUAGGCGCUACUUAAAUCAUUUACCUGGGUAACAGUUUCCCGACUGGCAAGGCAAAUUGUCUCACAUUUUGUACAGUAUCGAUACAGUACUUGUGUACCCGAAUUACCUGUGGUUACGAUUCGAACAAUGAUUAUUGCAUCCCUUGCAUGUGCAUUCAUCUGAUUAGUGUGACAUCAGUUGGAGCUUAAACUAAUAGACAGGUCCUUUGCAGCCACUUACCAUGCAUAUUAGUUGGUGCAACAUGAGCAUCCCAAGAAUGUGGACAGAUUUUUGAAAAAUCUCCCUUUACAGUUAAUAGAGUACCACUGAUCAAGAUUAGUCUUCAGGCUCCUCUUGUCACCUGCAAUGAAGAGAUGAUCAUCAUAUUCAGAUACAUGUAGUAAUAUUAUUGGAAAUUCACCCUAUCAUAGUCAUGAAAUUUUGGGGGAUUUAUUUGCGGUGGCUUAAAAUGCUAUACAACUGUGGUGAUCAUUAUCUUCAUUUUAACUAUUACUACUGUGGCUGGGUUAGUCUGCCUUUACAAUGGGCCCUUCCACAAGCUUAAACCUUAAUAAAGUGUACAAUCGUGUGCUUAGUUUUGAAAGAACUCUAAUGGGAGGCUAUACCCCUCCUUUCUUUAAAACUGUGUUUUAUUUUAAAAGGAUUAUCGAUAUAAACCUCUUUUCGGGUCACAGAUGCUCUACACCUUACUGUAUGAGUCAGCUUGAUGCAAUAAGUGAACUGUUUCCCCCUGGCAAAACUAUAUGCACAUCUGAAUUUUUUGGGCAUAUUACAGUCAAGCCAGGGCAAGCAUACCCCCCAGAUUGCAUUAAUGAAUUUAUUAUUCAAAUCCUUUGGUGGUUAAUUAAUGAUUAUACAUGUAGAUUCAUUUAUGCAUUCAUAUCUGUAUAAUGACUCACUGACUCUGACUCUGCUCAUUGUGCAUGUUUAUUGUUAAUGAGCAUGCAUAAUGAGCAGUGCAUUCACACACAAGGUAUUUAUCAAAUUUCUACUAGUUUAGUUUUCUUUUGAUUUGAUGUAAUUAGUGUCCCUGAAAUACUUUUUCCAAUUCUAGGGUAUUUCAAUCUUACCAAAAAUACAGACGAGUUAUUGUAAAAAAAUCAUUGCUCACUACACAUGCAGGUAUGCAGAAUGGAUUUUGAUACUUGUUGCAGCAACGACUAACAGAUUCAACUUUCAAAUAAUGAAUUCAUUAAUAUAAUCUUUGGGAGUACGCUUGACCUGGCUUUAAAGUACAUCUCUACUAUGAUUAAGGUCUUUCUUUUGCAUGAGUUUGGUGAUCUCAUGAGAAUGUCCCUUUUGUAUAGCUAAAUCAUGUACUUAAAAAUAAAGCUUUUAACAAAAAAACUCUUUUAUUUUAUAAAAAUAGGAUUGGAGAAAUGAAGUAGCACUUCAUGUCUUUGAAGAGCAAUCAGUGUGGCAAGUGUUUUAUUGAAUCUGGAAGGCUAAGGACACACAAAAGAGUUCAUACUAGAGAAAAGCCUUAUGAAUGUAAGCAGUGUGGCAAGUGUUUCAUCCACACAGGAAACCGAAGGAGACACAAAAGAGUCCACACCAGGGAGAAACCUUUCGAAUGUAAACAGUGUGGAAAGUUUUUUAGUCAAGCAGCACACCUAAGGAUUCAUGAACGAGUUCAUACUGGAGAAAAGCCUUAUGAAUGUAAGCAGUGUGGCAAGUGUUUUAGUCGAGCACCACACCUAAGGAUUCAUGAAACAGUUCACACUGGAGAAAAGCCUUAUGAAUGUAAGCAGUGUGGCAAGUGUUUCAACCACACAGGAAACCUAAGGAGUCACAAAAAAGUCCACACUAGGGAGAAACCUUUCGAAUGUAAACAGUGAGGAAAGUGCUUUAGUCAAGCAGGACACUUAAGGAUUCAUGAAAAAAUCCACACGGGAGAGAAGCCAUUUGAAUGCGAACAGUGUGGCAAGAGGUUUCGGUUUAGUGGAUCCCUAAAGGUUCAUAAAAGAGUUCACACUGGAGAAAAGCCAUAUGAGUGUAAACACUGUGGCAAGUGUUAUAGGCGAACAGGACACCUAAGGACUCAUGAAAGAAUUCACACUGGAGAAAAGCCAUAUGAAUGUAAACAGUGUGGCAAGUGUUUUAGUCUAAAAGGAAAUCCUAGGAAACAUGAAGAACUCCACACUAAAGCAAAGUCUCAUAAUCGUCACAGUAAGGAGUGUCCCUCCAAACGUUUUUGUUGUAAGCGUAAGCGAGAAGGAAGUAAAAGACUUGAUUAUAACUCAGGACUUACAAACACCCCAUUGACCCAGAGCGAGAGUGGAGACAGUGGUGUGGUAGACCCUCAAUCAGCCAUCAUUGAGAAAUACAGCUGUUGGAUUUGUCAAGAGGAGAGGGAUAGUGAAGAUCUCCUUCUUCAGCACUAUGAAAAUCAUAUGAGAUGUGUACAUGAAGAUGGCUUGUAAUGUCAAGAAACCUUUUGUUGUUUAAACGCUUUCUUUCAUGUUAGUUUCUUUUCGGUUCUUAAGAUGGCUUAACCCAGUAUUUUGGUGGGCAUAUCUUGCAUCUUUGGACAUCUUAUACCUUACUAGCUUUAGCUUAGUCUUACUAUGAGUCCAUUUUAACACAUGGAUUACACAUGGACUUUUGACAAUGAUGUCACAAUGGUGUCAGCUCUUAACAGGGCCGUAGCUAGCAUGAGGCUAGACGAGGCAGUUGCCUCGUCUUGAUUUUGGCCGUUUUUUUUUAAGAAACUUCAGCUCACUGAUCAUGAGAAGGCUUGAAACCUGGUCCCGAAUCGAACAAGCAUGGCUAAUGCGAGGCUGAACAGGCUUGCUUUAUCGUACAUUCAUAAACCAACGGAAAUUGACAGCAGUUCUGUUUUAAAGAGAUGGGAGGCCUCUGACCGCAGACAGAUUGUCUUAGCUUUCAGUAAAGAAAAAACGACGGGCAAAAAACUUUCACUUUUUUAACUGUUAAGGGAGAAGUUUACUACUCUUAAUCGUGAAAGUUAGUGACUUGUUAGUCCUACAAGUAUAAGAGACAGGGGCACCCAAUGGAUCUGUUCCUCAAAAUAUCUGUUCUUCAUGCAAAUUUUUGCUGGCUGGGAGAUGUGGAAGAAAUAAUAGUCCUUGGAAGGAAAGUGUUGCUGGGAAAAAGAUAAUUCAGGGUGUCAGCGGGGAUUUGAAGUCUAGAAUAGCUGCUACGGGUUACUUGUAUGGGUUGCUUACCACUCAAGAUCUGAAUUGACCCCUAUGAAACUUCCCACAAAGUCAGGUUGCAGGUUGUAAGGUUGCUGGCUGGGAACUCUUCCAUCAGUCUUGCUGGGAGUGAGGAACAGAUAAUGUUUUUCCAGCAAUCUCCCAAAAUGCUUAAAAUAGUCUCAGAAAACUUUAUUCACGCUUUAUUGUUGUUUUUAGGUCUUUUUCUCAAAAUUUCCCGUUGGGUGCCCCUGAAGAGAUGACAAUAUUAUGACAUGGCUGUCUCAGAGUUAAAGAACAUAACCAAAGGGUGGGUAGAAAACGAAGACCCCCUCAAAAUCACUUAUAAAUAUCUAGAAAUGGGUAUCUCGACCUUAGAUGUGUAAGAAACAACAAUAUCUUCAAUUAUGCAAAAUUUCGACCAGGGUCUUCGUUUUCUACACAAUCCCCCCGGUGUGUAGAAAAUGAAGACCGCCCUCAAAAUAACUUGGAAACGGCUUGAAACUGCUUUUAACGACUUCUAGACGCUAAAGGAGUCUAAGAAACAAAACGGCUCCUGACGAUUUUGAAUUAUACAUAAUUUCAACCACGGUCGUCGUUUUCCACAUAAUUCCCCGGUGUGUAGAAAAAGAAGACCCCCUUCAAAAUGACUUGGAAACGGCUGGACACUGCUUUUAACGACUUCUAGACACUAAAGGAGUGUAAGAAACAACAGGGCCCCUGACGUUGGCUACGCUCGUGGAUUCAUUUUAUUGUUAUAAUACGUGUCACAACAUUUGGAUGCUUUAAAAUGCAGAUGGUCAUUAACUUAUACCUGCCAACUCUCACGCCUUAGGCGUGAGCCUCACGCCUGCGGGUUGAAAACUUCGAUCUCACGCCGGCUCACGCCUACGGGCCAAUUUCUCACGCCUGAUUGAAAAAUGUGAGUUGUUGCCGUCUUGCUUGACACAAUUUCCAAAACUAUGUUAACUCAGACCCAUGUAAGGAGCGAAAACCAGGUGUAAAAUGAAUAAAUGACAAUACCUUCCUCGCGAUCUCUGAUUUUUAUCAACUAACGUCGGUCCUUGUGGAUAAGCGUUUUCUCGAUAACUUCGCUUUCGGUAGACUUCGGACGUCUUCGGACUUCUUCGGGAAUCUUCGAAAAUGAUCGUGUCGUCUUCAAAAAUUCCAGCACUCCCAGGAUAAAAAUCUCACGCUUAUAUCUCAGAAAAAGUUGGCAGGUAUAUUAACUUGGCACCAGUAUCGCUAAGCAAUAAAAAAGUGAACUUCUACACUCGCCCGUCCAUCCAUCGGCACCACAAGCAUACCAAUGUAAAAUAACUCAACAGGUAUGGCAACCCAAUGCAGCUCGAGGUCUUUUUGGCGGGAAAUCGCAUGGUCACCCGGACUUUUAAGGUGAUGUUACACGGGACGAUUCGCAACGACGAUUUUUAGCGCAACACAGCGUUGCAAUGCUGGAACAAUGUUGUAACCAUUCGAAAAAAUGUCGCAAGAAUGUUGCAACGCCGUGUUGCACAAAAAAUUGCCGUUGCGAAUCGUCUCGUUUAACACUUUAGCGUUACGCCAUUUUAAUUUUUUGGUUUAUAAAUAUAUGAACGAGAGCUUCGCUUUUAGCCAGUUUUUUUUUUAUAUAUAAUUAUUAUCGAUAGCAUUGGUUCUUUGGUAUCAGUUAAUGACGACAGUGUAGUAAUCUGUUCCGGGCUCCGAGAUAGUUG